UAUAGAUAAAAUAGUUACUUACCCUUAGGUAAUUAAUAAUUGUAAAAUUAUUAUUUGCAGUUCAGCUCAAGGUCAAUCUCACCAAGAUUUCAUCCAGCCGAUUACCUCAAGUUCAGGCGUCUACUAUGAUUACCUAGGCAGACUUAAGAUAAAUAAUGGACAGCUGAAAAUUGUAAUACCGGUAGAUAUCGCGCAUUUUAGGCCACAUAUGCAAAAUAUUGAAACUGUUUUCGAAACAACGAAACGAUUAUGUAAUCAAACCCGAAUUAUAGAAAUUGAUGCAGAGUGCCGUAACUCAUUGCAACCAUUAGCAGCCCAAUUGCAAGAAAUGAAAAGAGAGUAUGCGUCCAUCUCUCACCUAGUAGACAAUAGAACCAAACGUAGUGCAUGGAUAGGAGGUAUAGGGACACUUUUGAAACAGAUCUUCGGCUCCUUAGACGAAGAUGAUGGUUUGAGGUACGAUGAAGCAAUAGCAUCAUUGCAAAACAACGAAAAGAAGUUAGCCUCGCUUAUGAAAGAGAAUAUCCUGAUCACCAGUUCUACUUUAAAAUAUUAUAAUAACACCCUACAUAAGAUAAAAAGCAAUGAAGCUAGCCUUGCUGAAGCUAUCGACAAGCUCUCUACAAAUAUAAAAAACAUAACUGAAAUCACUAAUGGACUACAAAUACGCGCUAGUGUAAAUGAAAUACUUAGUAUCCUAGAAACGUCAAUACUUACCUUGUCAUUCCAGCUUGAAGACAUAACUAAUGCCAUUCUAUUCAGCAGUCAAAACAUCCUACACCCCGCGAUAAUAACACCAAGUCAAUUACAUCAAGAGCUUGCCGAUAACUACAGGCAUUUGCCUGGCGACCUUGAACUGCCUGUAACAUUAGACAUUAAUUCUGUAUAUCUUAUUUUUAACAUUUCUAAGUUAGUAUGUUAUUACUUUAAGGAUAAGAUCAUAUUUGUGUUGCAAGUACCGUUAGUUAACACCAAAGAAUAUGUAUUAUUUCAUACUAUUGCACUUCCUACACCAUAUGAACCCAAGGAACCGAACUCUUUUAGCCUGAUCAUACCUGAUCAUAAAUACAUUGCAAUGACCAAAGACAAAUCUCAUUAUUGUACUUUUGACAACCUGAAAAUCUGCAAAUCCGUAGGCUCAGAAGACUUUGUAUGUAAUAUCGAAAACCUGUAUUCCACAGAGGCAAGGACGACCUGCCAAAGUGAAUUAUUAGCGAAAGUAAUUAAUAAAAAACCAGUACAGUGUGAAUCUAAAAUUAUAUUUGGAAAAUUGGACAUUUGGAAACCAUUGUCAAAUAACAAGUGGAUCUUUAUACAAUCAGAACCUAACAAGAUUUCAAUAGACUGUCAUAAUGCAGAAUUAUAUGAAACAAGUAUUAUUGGUACAGGCUUAGUCAGUAUCCCCAAGGAUUGCAUUGGCUAUUGUAAAAGCACGACGCUAAUUCCAAAAUACAAUGUUUUAAAUAUCACAUCACCAAUCAAUCACGUGCCAGAUUUUAAUUUGAUCAACGAUACUUGUUGUAACAUAAAUAAAUUAAAUGAUGUAAGGGAUAAUGUGUCCCCUAUCCACCUACAUGACAUAGAUUUAGACGAUUUUAAUUCCGAAAACAAAAAUAAAAUAAAAUCUCUUCUAGACGACUUAAAAAGCAUCGAACACCCGCCAAAUCCACAUAUUGUUAAAUAUGGGACACACUAUUCCAUUAUCAUAAUCCUAAUGUUUAUUGCUAUAAUUGCUACAUUAUGUUAUUGUACCACUAAGCGACUAUUUUGUAAAUCCGGAAGCAAUCGUCCCUUUAAAUUUAAAAUCAACCUAAAUAGACCUUCAUCCCAAACACCCCCCGAAACAAUAGACAGUACAGACAGACAGGACCCUAACAAUUUUGAUAUAGAAAUGACCAGCCCUGUUGCCCCGCUCAGAACCAAAAUUUAACAGAGACUUGGAGUCUUCAACCCCAAGUCUCCUCUAGAAGGGGGAGGUGUUAUAUCCGGUAUUUGCAUCCCUUAUUGCUGCCCUGGCCGCC